UGACUUGACGGUUAUGUGUGUGCUAGGGACAGGUGGCAGCCCCGGUUAAGCGAGCUGCUGUUGUUCUCAGCACAAAGAGAGCGGAGCCGGAGAAACACUUCAAAUUCACAUUCAAAUGGAAAAAAACAUGAACACGUUACGGUAAAUUCAAACAUUAUCCGCUAAAUUAAAAAAAAUAAUGUUUGUGACGCGUUUUGCGUGAAAUGUCCGACAAGGGAGACAAAUUCAACAGAAACUGCGCAGUUUAAUGGGAGCCGUGACCUGAGCAGAUAUGCCAGCUGACGACAAGGUAGCCAUCCUGACGGACGACGAGGAGGAGCAGAAGAGGAAGUAUGUGUUGGCCGAGCCGUUCGACGCUCAGUCGUCGGGGCAGCCGGCAGGUGUUCCCGCGGACACGCCGCCGCCAGCCGCGGGCACGCCGCCCGAGCAGCUGGAGGCCCCGCCCGGCGCCUCGAUGGACUGCUGCGAGAGGAUGUGCCUGCGCAUCAACAGCCGCCUCCUCAUCUCCAAGGUCUUCUACCUCUUCUUCUAUGCCGCGUACGGCUCGCUGCACCCGCUGCUGGCCCUGUACUACAAGCAGCUCGGCAUGUCGGCCAGCCGCAGCGGGCUGCUCGUCGGCAUCCGCUACUUCAUCGAGUUCUGCAGCGCCCCCUUCUGGGGCGUGGUGGCCGACCGCUUCAGGAAGGGCAAGAUGGUGCUGUUGUUUUCCGUCCUGUGCUGGCUGGUGUUCAACUGCGGCAUCGGCUUCGUCAAACCGGCGGAGAUGAUGUGCGUGGUGGUAGGCGCCGACCUUCCUCCGACAGCGGCGGCGCCGCACCCAACGACUACUCUCCCGCACGGCAACUUCACCAAGCAGACGGGCAACUCCACCAACCGCACCAGAAGUCGCCGGAGCUUUCUAGAGCUCACCGGGCUUCAAGACAUCCUGGACUCCCAUUUCGGCGCGCUCCGCCGGCACGAGCGAAGCGCAAACCUCAACGCCACUUCCGCUCCCUUGGAGCCGGCCAGAACUACCCGGCUGGCGCCAAACACCACCCUCCCCACCACCACCACCACCACGACCCCCCCGGCUCCGACCAAAGCCAAGAAGCACCAGAUCGUCUACAACAAGGACCAGGUGGAGAGCAUCUUCCUGCUCAUCCUGCUCGUCGUCAUCGUCGGCGAGUUCUUUAGCGCGCCGGCCGUCACCAUCGUGGACACCGUCACCCUGCAGUACCUCGGCAGGGCGCGCGACCGCUACGGCCUGCAGAGGAUGUGGGGCUCGCUGGGCUGGGGUCUGGCCAUGCUGCUGGUGGGCAUCUGGAUCGACCACACGCACGUGACCGUUGUGAUCGACGGUGUGGGCUGCGUCGUGCCCGACUUCCGUCUCCACAAUUACCAGAUCGCGUUUAUUGUCUUCGGCGUGCUGAUGGGCGCCGCGUUCGUCGUCGCCACUCAGUUUUACUUUGACAACGGCGGCGACUACAGGCAGGAUCUUCCGGAGGGGGCGGCCGAGGACGGGAGCAGCCCGAGAGCGUCGCCCGAGUCGGAGUCCGACUCCUCGGGCCGGACGCCCGUCGGCCCGGACGCCGCCCAGGAGUUCCGCUACAGCGAUCUGCUGAAGCUGCUGUGCAGCGUGCGCUACAGCUCGGUGCUCUUCGUCGCCUGGUUCAUGGGCUUCGGCUACGGCUUUGUCUUCACCUUCCUGUACUGGCACCUGGAGGACCUGCACGGGACCACCACGCUGUUCGGGGUCUGCUCGGUCCUGAGCCACAUCUCGGAGCUCGUCGCCUACUUCACCAGCCACAAGUUCAUCGAGCUGGUCGGACACGUCAGGGUGCUGUACAUUGGCCUGGCCUGCAACACAGCUCGCUACCUGUACAUCUCCUACCUGAAGAACGCCUGGACCGUCCUGCCCAUGGAGGUCCUCCAAGGUGUGACCCACGCCUCAGUUUGGGCCGCUUGUAUCUCCUAUCUGAGCGCCGCGGUCCCACCGGCCCUGAGGACAUCGGCCCAGGGCAUCCUGCAGGGCCUCCACCUCGGCCUGGGCCGCGGCUGCGGAGCCAUGGUGGGGGGAGUGUUUGUCAACUACUUUGGUGCGGCAGAGACGUUCCGAGGAAUCGGCAUGGCCUCCCUCGUUAUCCUCCUAAUCUUCUCCUUCAUCCAGUGUCUGACUGGAGAGACCGAGGAGAAAGAGGACAGAAUGCUGGCCGAGAACAUCCCGGUUCCCUCCAGCCCCGUUCCCAUCGCUACCAUCGACCUGGUGCAGAGCCAGACCGUCCCCGGGAGCCCCACCUCGGUGCGCCUGGCCGCCCCGCUGCCCGUCAUGAAGACCAAACACCAGGAAGAGCAGGAGGACGUGAGCAGACCCGCCUGGGUGCUCUCGGGCGCCCCCUGGGUCACCAUCGCCUUCGCCAUCGUCCAGAUCAAAGAGAUGAUGAACAUGGUGAAGAGCCGCGCGCCGCCCACAGAGAGUCAGCCCCUGCAGGUACCUAAUGAGCAGGCAUCGGCCGAGUACAAGGCGGUGGCGACGUCACACAGAAACCCGGGUGAUGACGGCACGGAAGCGCCCACGCAAACAAACUCCGCCCGUCCAGCGCCCACAGACUCUAACGAGGACAAAGACCAAACGCGCCCGUCCUCAGACGGUGGGGAAGACAACCCGGCCUUCCCAGCUGAAAACACCCACUGACUGUUCAGUCCCAAGCGGUUUUACCUUUACACGCUGCUUUUCGCUCAUGUCACUGUACGUCCUUAAAAAUGAGUCAGUAUCUUGAC